UAUCUGGUCCCCAUAAUGCACUGGUCCGUCCCGCUGCUUUCGCUCUCGACACUCCUCUCCUUCACCACCUGCUUCUACUUCUUCAGCACUCCCGAGACCAUCGCGGUCGCCCGCGAGACGCGGCAUGCGGCCUCGACACAGUCGUACUGGGGUCCGGUCGACAGCGACUUUGACUGGUGCGAGCGCAACAACGAGCUCUCGGCGUACCUCAGCGAGCCGUUCAACACGGCGACCUCUGCCGCCUACCCGCUCUGCGCCGGCUACGCCUGGCGGCUGCACCACCGCCUCUCGCUCUCGCGGUGGCACCGGCUGAUGCUGAGCGUCACGAUGGCGAUGGGCGUCGGUUCGAUGAUCUUCCACGGCACGCUGCGCUACUGGGCGCAGCUGCUCGACGAGCUCCCGCUCUACGCGAUGGCCGUGCUCGCGGCGGCCACGUUGCGCCAGCGGGCGAGCCGGGCGCCGGGCGUCCAGCCUCUGGCGGCGGUGGCCGAGCCUUGCUUGAGAACUCACACCCGUGAGAUGGCGUGGCCGGUGAUUGUGUAGAGGCGGUGCCUGCAGGCUUGGUCCGCCUUCAUCGCCGCCGGCCUCCUCCUCUCCGAACGCGACUCGGCUGCGCGCCUCUCCUUCCCGCGGCCUGCCCAGAUCUCUCCCGGACCUUUCCCGAAGCCUUCCUGCAGGACGUGCACGUCUCCUUCCGCGGCCUGAUGACGG